AGGAAGUAUACAUGUGUGACCACUUGCUUGUAACGUGUGUCCUAUUUCAGUACCAUUGAUGAGCCGCUGACAGUAUAUUUCUACACGGUUAACAAUUUUUAACAGCCAUGGAUGAAACACUAAGACAUCACAAUCCGAAUCCCAUUGCAUCUGCAAACUUCUUGUCAAGGACGUUUUUUUGGUGGCUGAAUCCAUUAUUAAAAACAGGAUACUCUCGUCAGCUGGAGACAGAAGAUAUGUACAAUGUGGUCGAGCAGGAUGCUUCCAGUAACCUCGGCAACAGACUAGAAGAUGAAUGGAAGAAAGAGAUAAAGAAACAGAAAGAAACAGGAAAGAAGCCCAGUUUGAUGCGAGCCCUAGCACGAUGUUUUGGUGUACAGUACAUGCUGUUGGGAAUCAUUGUCUUCAUAGAGGAGGGAACAAAAGUGGUGCAGCCAUUACUACUGGGGGGACUCAUCCGCUUCUUCACCCCCGAGUCCACUAUCAGCAAGGAAGAGGCCUACCUGUACGCCAUGGCUGUCAGUAUCUGUGCCAUCGUCCUUGCUGUCGCUCACCACCCCUACUUCUUCAGCGUCACACGGAUCGGCAUGCAGAUGAGGGUGGCGUGCUGCUCCUUGAUGUACAAGAAAUCCCUCCGUCUGAGUAACAAAGCUUUAGGCCAGACCACCGUGGGGCAGAUAGUCAAUCUCAUGUCCAAUGACGUCAACAGGUUUGAUCAGGCUGUGAUCUUUCUUCACUUUUUAUGGAUUGGACCAGUGCAAGCCAUAGCCGUCCUGGUGAUUCUGUGGUAUGAGUUGGGGCCUGCAGUGCUGGCAGGCUUCGCGGUGCUUAUACUCCUAAUACCCUUACAGGGUUGGAUGGGGAAACUCUUCUCUAUACUCAGGCAGAAGACGGCUAAACACACGGAUGAGCGAGUGCGCGUGAUGAACGAGAUUAUCUCGGGGAUGCGCGUCAUCAAGAUGUAUUGUUGGGAAAAGCCAUUUGGAGAUCUGGUGGAGAAAAUCAGGAGGCUUGAAUGGAAGGUGAUCAUGACAUCCAAACAGGCAUCAGUGUUUACUGUUAGUAUCUGGGUGAUUCUCCAUCGAUUUCUCAUCUACGUAAUAACUGUGACUAUGUGUUUGUCAGACACUAAACAGUACCUGACACCAGCUAGGAUAUUUUCGGGAAUGGCGUUCCUGAUGAUUGUGGCGCACAAUGUUCUUGGCUUCGGAACAAUGGCAGUCCGAAACCAUGGGGAGUUUCUCACCUCCUUAAGAAGGAUAACGACAUUUCUGUGUCUGGAGGAGCUGGAUGAGAGCUCACUGGUGGAGAAGUCCGAGGAUCAUGACAGACCCCCCGUGGACCAGUGUUUUGUCAAUAUUGAUAACGUGACAGCCAAGUGGGAUAAGAAUGUUGAUCAAAAUACACUGGACAAGAUCUCUGCCAGUGUGAAGGCCGGUGAGCUGCUUGCGGUGAUCGGCCCUGUUGGGGCAGGCAAGUCCUCGCUGCUUAUGUCUAUUCUUGGUGAGCUACCAACAUCAGAAGGGAAGAUUCAGGUCAAGGGCAAGAUUGCCUAUGUGUCUCAGCAGCCUUGGGUGUUUUCAGCAAGUGUGCGUCAGAAUGUGACGAUGGGGGAACUAUUUGAUGCAACUCUAUAUGAAAAGUCUCUGCGCGCUUGUGCUCUCAAGAAGGAUGUUGGGAUUAUGCCGCACGGUGACAGCACCCGGAUUGGUGACCGAGGGGUCAGCUUAAGUGGAGGUCAGAGGGCAAGGGUGAACCUGGCCCGGGCUCUCUACACCGAUGCUGACAUCUACCUCCUGGAUGACCCCCUCAGUGCUGUAGAUGCUGCCGUGGGACGCCACAUAUUUGAAAAGUGUAUCCAGGGUACACUCAAGAAGAAGCCACGGAUCCUGGUGACUCACCAGGUGCAAUACCUCAAGGAGGCAGACCAGAUCCUCAUCCUCAAGGAGGGCAAGCUACUGGGUACAGGGACGUUUGAAGAACUGUCCAAGUCGGGCAUUGACUUUGCCUCCCUUCUGAAACACGAUGACGAGGAUGAAGAUGACUCCGCGGUGAUGAUGUUGCCUGACACCGUCUCCACCUCCCAUGUCAACUUCAACGAGCUUGGGUCCUCUCUAUCCCUCGCCUCCAUUGCCUCAGACUUUGUGCCAGAGAAAAUUCAGGUUCAGGAAGAAGAGCAGAGACAGGAAGGGACAGUUGGGUUCGGUGUCUACGUGAAAUAUUUCAAGGCAGGCACUGGCAUCUUCAUGUUCAUUCUUCUGGUGCUUCUCAACCUCCUGGCUCAGACUGCCUACAUCAUGAGUGACUGGUGGCUGUCAAGGUGGUCCAAUGAAGAAGAGCUGAGAUAUGCAGCUACACAAGUAUUCCAGGAACAGAUGACCCUGUUCAAUUCAAGCAACAUCACCGUGCCUGAAGUCGACACCAACGUCAACAUCUACAUCUUUACCUCCAUCGUUGUCAGCGUCUUCCUCUUCGGUCUUCUCCGAGCUCUUCUCUUCUUCAAAAUAGCAGUAGAUGCCUCCCAGGCCCUCCACAACAGAAUGUUUGCCAAGAUCCUGCGUGCACCCAUUUCCUUCUUCGACAACAAUCCUGUCGGUCGAAUUUUGAACCGAUUUUCAAAAGAUGUUGGCCACAUGGACGACCUGCUGCCAAUCACAUUCUUUGACUUUGUACAGUGCUUCUUGUUGAUCAUCGGCAUCAUCAUUGUGGCUGGCGUCAUCAACCCAUGGGUGUUCAUCCCCACCGUGCCCCUGUGUGUGCUGUUCAUCUUCAUCAGGCGAUACUACCUCCGCUCAUCUCGCAGUGUCAAGCGCCUCGAGGGCACAACUCGAAGCCCAGUGUUCUCCCAUCUGAGUGCCUCACUUCAAGGCCUACACACCAUCAGAGCGAUGAGCAUCGAGGACAAGUUCAUGUCGGAGUUCGAUGCCCACCAGGACCUGCACACAGAGUCGUGGUUCCUCUUCCUGUCCACCAGUCGCUGGCUGGCUGUCCGCCUCGAUUGGUUGUGUGCCAUCUUCGUCACCGCAGUCGCCUUCUGUAGUGUCCUUUCAGCAGACCGUAUGGAUGCAGGUCUCGUGGGUUUGUCCAUCACGUACGCCAUGACACUGAUGGGUCUCUUCCAGUGGGGCGUCCGGCAGAGUGCAGAGGUGGAGAACCAGAUGAUAUCGGUGGAGCGAGUGCUGGAGUACUCCCAGCUGCCAUCAGAGGCUCCCCUGGACUCCAGCAAGGACAACAAGCCUCCGCCCAACUGGCCGCAGCACGGCAUCAUCAGUGGCGAGAAGGCCAGCCUCAAGUACUCCCAGAGCGGACCCAAUGUUCUCAAAGACAUCAAUUUCUGUGUGAGGGCACAGGAGAAGGUUGGAAUCGUAGGUCGGACUGGAGCUGGCAAGAGCUCAAUGAUCGUGAUGUUAUUCCGUCUUGUCGAACCUAAAGGGAAACUGAUGAUUGAUGGCAUCAACAUCUCGGACAUCGGACUCCAUGAUCUGCGGAAAACCAUCUCCAUCAUUCCCCAGGAUCCAGUGCUGUUUACUGGAGCCCUCCGACGUAACCUGGAUCCCUUCGGACAACAUGAUGACAGUCAGCUGUGGAAGUCCCUGGAGGAGGUCCAGCUGAAACCAGCUGUAGAGGAACUACCAGGCCAGCUGGAGACAGAGGUGUCGGAGGGAGGCAUCAACUUCAGCGUGGGCCAGAGACAACUCAUCUGUCUAGCCAGGGCCAUUCUCAGGAAGAACAAGAUACUUCUGAUAGAUGAGGCCACUGCUAAUGUUGAUCCAAAAACUGAUGAACUCAUCCAGGCAACUAUCCGUGACAAGUUCCGCCAUUGCACCGUGUUGACUAUCGCCCAUAGACUGCACACCAUCAUGGACUCCGACAGAGUACUGGUGAUGGAUGAUGGUAAAAUCAUUGACUUUGAUGAACCCCAUCUGCUCCUGGAGAAAGGUGAAGGUCAUUUCUACCAGAUGGUGCAGCAGACGGGCAAGACAGAGGCCGAGCACCUGAUAGAGAUAGCAGAGACCGCCUACAAGGACAGACACACCAGUCAACCCCUCGAUGACAAGGUCAUGCUCACAGAAAACGGAAUGACUUACGAGUCAAAGACGGACCAAGGAAAUCAAAACGAAAUGGCAGAGGAACUUGAUAGUGCCAUAUCUAGUUCUAGCAUCGAAGAGAACGCUCCCAUGUUUGAGACGGUGCCUAGUGAACCAGAAGACAUGGAUGCAGCUCUUAAUGAACCUUUGUUAGACCAGGAUGCAGUUGUAAAGAAGGCUGAAGAAGGCUCAGUUCCUAAGGUAAAUGGUAAACAUCCCACAAUUAACGGUGCUGGGAACGCCGGAGAUGAGUACGGAAUGCCAGAGGACAGUUACUGUGAUGAUGAUAUCGAAGAAGCGUUACUGACAUCAGAAGAGAACACUGUAGAAUUAACUCCCUCCACUCCAAUUGUGAGUAUAGCCAAACAGAAGCGUGGAUCGAAGGACUUGUCAGAGAACGUGUCGUCCACGACACCGCUACUGACGGCUGACAGCCAGACGGCAGACUCUAUAGAUGUUUGAUGAGUGUAGAGACCCGUUGAUGCAAUGUACCAGUGUGAUCAUAUCAUGUCAGGAAUACUGUUUCAUAAGAUCAAGUUUCAUCAUGCUCUCAUUCUUAUGCUUAAACUCGAUAAGUCAUUUUCUUGAUGUCAUUGUGUUUUUGUGUCAUUUUCCAAAUUGAAAGAAUAUAGAAGAUAAUUUUAGCCUUAGUGUGUAUGUAGAAUUAUUCUGUUGUUGGUGUGGGACUGCAGUUUUAGAAUCAUGUUUAGUUGUUGUUGUUUUUAUAUUUACGAUGUUGUAGAUAUAUAUGUUUUAGGACUUUAUUGAUUUUAAUUGAUUUUUUUAUUGUUUUGUUGUUUUAUUCUGUUCUAUUUCCAUGUAGCUGUGGUGCUCUGAGUUUAAAACUUGUCACCUCUUGCUUGCUUGGAGUCUCAGUUUUUUUACAUUUAACUGUCUCUUCUCUUGUUUUAGUAGUGUGAUGUUAGAUGUUAUGUUCCAACUUUACACAAGAGUUUUAAUGAUGCAAUUUUACUCACUUCUUAGCUUCACGCUUGUUCAUACUCUGCCAAAAGACAUGUCUGUGAUUGCUGCAUCAUACACUCUGACCCACUUAUGUCCCCCAGGGUGAUUCUGGGUUAGAAAAGAUCAUCAUGCGAUGAUGGCGUGUCAUGAUACCAAGAUGGCGUGUCAUGAUACCAAGAUGGCGUGUCAUGAUACCAAGAUGGCUUGUCAUCAUGCCAAGAUGGCAUGUCAUGAUACCAAGAUGGCGUGUCAUGAUACCAAGAUGGCGUGUCAUCGUGCCAAGAUGGCGUAUCAUCAUACCAAGAUGGCGUGUCAUCAUACCAAGAUGGCUUGUCGUCAUACCAAGACAGCAUGGAUUGUUGUUCACAACAUAAAUCACUGGAUUGCCUUGCCAUUAUAUAGCUAGCUGGAAUAGCAACCUACUUAAUGUUUGAAAUUGUUUCUUUAUGACUACAUUCCAUUCAUGUAUAUUUUCAUGGUGACUUAAUUAUCUCCACAUGGUUGACAUGUUCAGUAUAACAAUGCUACACAUCAUGAUCACGGCAACCAUGUUAGUAUGUUGAUUUCGGUGCAAGGUUUAUUCAUGUUACCUGCUUUCAAGAUGUGUAUAUGACACUUUGUUUCAUGUGGAGAUCUGGGAUAGAAUAGGUCUUCAGCAGCCCAUGCUUGCGGGAAAGUCCCGUUAAUACUGAGUAACGUUUUUGGCUUGGGGUCAGCAGUCAUAUUAAUUUGGAGACACAUUAAUUUCAAGAUUUACAAUGCAUUUAUGUACUGUAGUAUGACUACUUUCUUGAAUAAUUAUUGAAUUUAUAUAUACUGUAUUCGAUGUAAUAAGCACCCAGGGUGCUCUCAAAAUUAGAAAUAGGGGGCUCUUAUUGGAAUAUAAUUUUGGUGAAAAAAACACAGAGUUGAAAGAUUGUAAAUUUCUAGGUUUAUGUACCUGAAAUGAUACAAAAGAAAAGUCUGUGCGUAUUAUACAGGACAGAUAUAUUUUUCCAGAAGUUAAUUGCCCAUAGUUAAGGGUGCAUUUAACACACGAGUGCGUAUUAUACCCGAAUAAUAAGUCUUGUGUUCAUUGAUCAAUCGGAAGAGGUGCUAAUGGGGAUUGUUCACUAGCCAAUAUAUUAGCAAAUAUCCCCAUGGGCGCUAAUUAGAGCGGAGCGGUAACACUAUAAUAAUGAUCAUGUAUGCUAAUAUUGCUACUCACAUUGUGCUGGUAAGAUUGCUUAAGAAAAUAGGAUGCACCAAGAUGUUUAUUCAAUCUUGAGAGACAAUAUCAGUGACACUGAAGGCCAAGUAUGUGACUGUGGCACACCAGGCUGAUAUGAGGAUUCCUCUCCUGCCGGGUACCCACAAACUGCUGUGUGAUGUCAUCAAAGCUGUGAAUGACGAUACACAUAAUGAGCCAGACACCUUGUAACAUUACUUCAUUCAGCUCAUGUUAUUGGAGGGGCGGUCGGGUAGCCUAGUGGUUAAAGCAUUCGCUCGUCACGCCGAAGACCCGGGUUCAAUUCCCGAUAAAAGCGGUGUAAAACCAUACUCACUCACUCAUGUUAUUUGGUAGCAGAGGUUAAGUCCACUGUUUCAUCCAAUCGGUGACAGAGUGGUUCAGGAUUCCAACUGCUAUCCCCAGCAUCCUGAGUUAAAAUAGAUACCCAGCACUGUGGUGUAUGUAUAUCAGAUGAAAGAUUGAAACAGGUUCAGGUUCUUCAGAGGACAGAUUUGAAACGGGUUGUCAGCUUCGGUGACUUGGAUAUUCCGUGUCGUGGUACCCAGGAAGAUGUUGCUCAUAAUGUCUACCCCUAGCUUGUCAGAGGGCUCCAAAAUAGCAGAUAUAGUCUUCAGUGUAUCAUCUUCCCGAGGCAAAGGCAUUAACUGACUAUAAAAGUUCCACCCUUGCCGAACUAGGCUUGAAUUACUAGCCUCGAUCUUAGCGCCACCAUUGGCUAUUGUGAGUUAUGGCGUUUCUUUGUUCCUCCUAUUGACCAAUCGGAUUCAACCUCUCAUAGAACUUGCAUUUGCUUCAAACAAAAUGGCGGCGCCCAGUGAAGACGAUCUGAACGAGAACCAAGAUCUAUUUUGAAAUAAAACGGGUCUUACCUCGCCAAGUGCAUUAAAUCACUUGAGCACCUUGAUCAAGAACUUGAAAAUUCUUUUGAAAAUAUCUGCCGACAACCAUUUGGUACACAUGCAGUCGACCGAAAUCUGAAAGUUGAAAUCCAUACUGUUUAUGAACCGGAUGUCAAGUUCGUUCCACGAUUUUGAUUUGACUAUGCAUAAACUCAAUAGUCCAGCCAAUGUGUAACUCGGGAAAUGCAGCCUAGUUCGGCAAGGGUUAAAACUGGACUUUAAUAUGUCAGUUAAUGCCCUUGCCUCAGGAAGAUGUCAGUGUAUCAGAAAAGCCUAGCAAUGUUUGAGUAGUAUAGAUGACUGUUUGACACUGGGUGCUCUGUGUGCCUUGAACUUUUUCCGGUGUAUAUGUUGUGAAUAGAUGAUAAUUGUUUGACUUCUCAUAUAUAUACAUUUUGUUUGCACAUAAUAAUAUACAUGAUAUACUACUCAACUUUUGAUAUUUUGUAUGUACAAUGAUGUCCCUGUCAAAACAUGAGUAGUGUUGCAUGUAAUUUAAAGGAAUGAUGAUGUUUUAUUCAUUCCUUUACCACUGGUUUUGUUGUGGCCAUGUGUGACUUAAAACAAUGGCUGCUUAAGAGGGAUAUUGAGGUUUAUGUUGUCACUACUACUUUAUGAACCCCUGUGGGGCUUAGGGCGGUGGGGUAGCCUAGUGGUUAAAGCAUUCGCUUGUCACACCAAAGACCCGGGUUCGAUUCCCGACAUGGGUACAAUGUGUGAAGCCCAUUACUGGUGACCCCUGCCGUGAUAUUGCUGGAAUAUUGCUAAAAGAAGCGUAAAACUAUAGUCACUCACUCACCCUGUAGGGCUCACAGGUUGUGAUAAGUCCCCAGCUACCUGUGCUGAUUGUUAGAGGUGACCAAAUGGAUUGAGUGGUCAGGUGGGGGACUUGGUUGAUAGCAUGUCCUCCACCCUGACAGAAUGGAUCAUUGCUCACAAUAUCAAUGACUGGAUUGUCUAUCCAGACUCAAAUAUUUACCACGUGGCACGGUGGCCCAGUCAUCUAGGGCGCUGAAAUUCGCUGUUCCGAGUUGCGUCCCUUGGGCACGCCAGAAACCUAUGAUUGUGGGUUCGAAUCCCGUUUUGCCCCGAUUAUGUUUAUAGGUUUGGCAGCACCAUACCCGUGGGUUUCACCCAAGUGGUAAACAUCUUCGACUUGCAUUGCUUCGGGCUUUCCUCCCACAUUAAGCUGACACGCCGUGAUAUAACUGGAAUACUGUUAAAAGCAGCGUUAAACCAAACUCACUCACUUUCUCAAAUAUUUACAGGCCACUGUCAUGUUGCUGGAAUAUUGUGGAGUGCAGUAUUAAACAACAAACAAACAAAACACUGUAUAUGAUAAUACAUUUAGUGACAUGGAUUUUGAAUAAAUUGCAGUAAUGUUGUUUGCAGUAACUGUUAAACGGUCUCAUCUUCUGUGUGAAACGAGGUGUAGGUUUGUCCUCACUACAAAAUACCAUUGAAACAUUUCCUGAAUAUCAAAAGAUUAAAAAGAAGAAACAAAGUAACUUCCUUUGUCUCAAAUAAGUGUGACAUUUGCAACCAUGAUCAUCUUAAUAGACUUGUCACAUGAAAAACCUUAUCAAUUUUUGUUAGAUUUUCCUCGAAUUUUAAAAAAACCAAUUGAGGUUGGAGGCAUUUUAUUUUUUAUGUUGUAUAUCUGAUGAAGCAAUUUGUGUACAUUUUCUGUCGACAGAUGUGAUUCCCAUGAAGCAUGGAUGUUGGUAGUAUUACGUGUGUGAUGUGGAUGUUGACUGGGAGGCAAGCUGGGAUGAAAAUCCUGCAAUCAUUUAGUUAAAGUCAAAAAUGUUUGGGGAAUGGAAAAUUAUUACCAUAUUUGACUUAAUAAACGACCCAACCAUAUUGUUGGGCCCCAACACAAACCUGGUGAGAUUUAAGCUCGUGUUUCGAGUCGGUAUACUAGUCAAUCAUUACAACCCACACCCACUGUCACAAAAGAUAACCUCCAGGUGCUAGAAUCAUACAAGAUGUGGUGACUUAGUCGCCAUACCUUUUACUCAUAAUAUCAAUCACUGGUUUGUCUGGUCCAGACUUGAUUAUUUACAGGCCGCAGUCGUAUGGCUGGAAUAUUUUUUGUUUGCAUCCCCUCUGCCCUGUGAAUUACUUUUUGGGGUGAUAAUUUUGUCAAAUAUGGUAAUUUUGUAAUUGAAUAUUGUGGAAUGAUGGGUUCCAUCAAAGUAGACUUCCCACUGCCUCCAUGUAGAUACUGUAGCAUCAUGUGUAGGUCAUAUAGCAGCAUUAGAAACUGGUACUGGUAGUCCUUGCCAAACUGCCCAAUAGUUAAGGUAUCAUAAGGACUAAUAGAAAUUUGCCAUUUUAAGGGUUUUACUAUGUGUUAUCAUUAGAAGGACUAGCGGACUAAAACUGUUAGUUUCUACGGCUGUGUUGGUCAUAGUCUGCUGUCCCUGUCUUGGUGUUUCAACAGUCAUGUGUAUAAGGAAAGAGGACAAUCAUGAUUUACUGAUUGGCUGGUUUAUUGGAUAAAUGUACAAAUGGUAUGCAAUAAAUAUUUUGAAACAU